CAUAAAGACGAGCACCGGCUCGUGACUCAAUUAAAACUAGCUUUUACCGGAACUAACAAGAGCAGAUGCGCCUGGUUUUUACUCUGAAUUUAUAGGAAUAUAACAGACUAAACGGCAAGAGUAGCUACGUUCAUAUAGUUAUUUAGCUUUACAUAGCUUUCUAAAUUUGUUAAAGUUCAAACUAAUCGUUUCCCGUGACUGUCUAUUUCAUGAUCCCGCGCGCGCUACUGAGCAAAUUGUGCGCGGGCUAGACAUUAGCUAGUCUUCCUUUUCAUCAUUGACAACUUUUGCGACGUGUGGUAAGUUAAACUUGUCAUUAUUUUCAAAUUCACAAAUUAUUCUAUUUGUUACCUUUGUAAAACAGUGUGGUUUUAAUUGGUAACUAACGUUUGCUCGUAUUUCGUACUUUGACUCACUUAUUUUUGUCAAUAGGUACUAGCUAGUUCAUGAUAAACGCUAAAUGACGUAAAUGUAAAUGUAAAUAAACAUCCGUAUAACUAAUGUUAACAAAAUGUCUAACAAGUUAGCUAGCUACUAUGGAAAUAUUUCCAUCACAUUGACAGUACGUUAGCUACAUCGUGAGGAUUAUGAAAUCAGAUAGCAAGCGCUGACUAGCUAACGUUAGCUGUACUGUAACGUUACUAGCUUGACUAGCAAAGCUAAUAUCAUUCAAUAGAAUAAUUAAUGAAGCGACGCUAACCAUAGCCAUUACGAAACGUGGCUUGUUAGUAUAGCUAGCUAGCAUGGCUUAUAUGGCGCGUAUUGACUAUUACAUUUGUAAACUAGCGCAUAGACAGCUGGCAAUGUGGAUAGCUUGCUAACUAGAUAGAACAUUCGCUAACGUUAGACAUUGGUAAUGUUGCUAGUGCGAGUCCAAAAUUGAAUGAAUGACUCCUGGUAUGCGUCGUAUAAAGUUGGAUUUCUCCGUAGCUGGCACAUUUUGGAUGGCUGUUAUAACCAUGUUAAAUGUAUAUCUAUCGGACUUGUGUGUGUGUGUGUGUGUAUAUAGUUAGUUAGCUAUUACAUCGUCGUAUAUCAAUGUGCUGCUAUGUUACGUUGUCGUUGUUAAUUUCUAUUAUGUGAUCUCGCUAAAGUUAGCUUUGGUGAAUGUCUUCCUACGCAUCCCCCAAAAUGGCUUCCUUUAUUGGCUUAUCUUGUCAGGCAAGCCAGUCUGUAGCUAACGGAAACCAUUGUCAUUGCACAGCGAGACAUGAUUAUGGGAAGGAAGUUGGCUCAGUUUCGUAACGUAGCUAGGUAAAGUAGCUAAUACAAAAUGUAAAAUACCGGCAGCUCUUAGCUUGCUAACUAGGUAGUUGUAUUUAUGCCUUUGACAGAGCAAGGGUUGGCGUUAAAAAAGUGAAUUUUGUUUUCAUACUGAAAUUCCUAUUGAUUGCCCAUAAUUAAAUGGCAUGGCCACCCUUUAAUUUCUAUAAAGGGAAGAAGACAUGGUCAGACUACUCUUUUGAGUAGAUUUGCAAUAGUGUUAACCAUGCUUGAAGUCUUGUAGCUGAAUUAUGCUUUUUUUUUCCCCUAGUUGCCGUUGUGGGAUUUGACUAUCAUAAAUUGACCAGCAGCAGGUCUCUGACUCCUAUUGUAUAUCCAUGAAUGGAUUUGUUCUGAGGCACACUGAUGUGCUAAAGUUGGAAGAAGGAAUUUUGUUUGUUUUAGGUUGGAAGUGUUUACAUAACUGACUUUCUCCAACUGUUGUUUUUCAGGAUGUUCUGCCAUUCACCUACAGUGACUGUUGAACAAUGGGUGACCAUUUAGUCUGCAUGAUAGCCCAGAGCCAAAGAAACCCUAACAAAGCUAGUAAAAUUACAGGAUAGCAAUACGCCCACACUUUACCUCAUUAUAAUUUAUUUCUGUUCAGUCAGGGACAACUCAUAGGCUACUCUCAGUGAGUUUAGUUAACCCCCAAACCCCUACGGGUUAGGGUCUUGAAGAGAAGUUACUGUAUACACACAUCGAUACCUCUUUCAUUUUGCUGCUUGCAAAUAUCACAUCUAUUUUCAUAUACAUUCCCUUAUAUAUUGUGAAGCAAAUAAAUCUUUAGAGCAAUCAAUCACGCACAAUGGUUUCGACAACUCUCGCAACCCUCACCCUGGCGGGCACCACACUAGGGAUUAUGGCCCAGGUCACUGGUGGACCACUGACAGACUACAUGUGGCUCCUCAUAGUGGGCUUUAUCAUCGCCUUCAUCCUAGCCUUUUCUGUGGGGGCCAAUGACGUGGCCAACUCGUUUGGUACUGCAGUGGGCUCUGGAGUGGUCACCUUGCGGCAGGCCUGCAUCCUGGCCACUAUCUUUGAGACCGUUGGCUCUGUGCUUCUGGGAGCCAAGGUCAGCGAGACCAUCCGCAAGGGCAUCAUCGACGUGGGCAUGUACAACGGCUCUGAACACGUGCUGAUGGCUGGCUCUGUCAGCGCCAUGUUUGGUGAGUGUUACAUACCAAAAGGGUCUUAAAAUACAUUUGUAAGAACAUGGGUUUUAUUCAAUCUGGAUUUCUUGUGUAUGGUUUUACUCCGGUGUAAUGUUUUGUCCCUCCCUGUUCAAGUUGACAAUUUGGCAUUUUAUGCUAAUUCUCAGGUUCUGCUGUAUGGCAGUUGGUGGCCUCUUUUCUCAAGCUGCCCAUCUCAGGUACCCACUGCAUUGUGGGUGCUACCAUUGGCUUCUCUCUGGUGGCCAGAGGUCAGCAGGGGGUCAGGUGGCUGGAACUCCUCCGGAUUGGUGAGUCAACAGCUUCCAUUAUCCACAGCUUACUUUGACGUUAUCGCCAUUGUCUAAGUAAAAUAAAGAGCUACUAUUACGACUUCAAGUCAGACAUGUUUGUACAAGUAAUGCAAGUGUCUGGUAGUGCUGAGGGAUUAACUGAAAUUUAGUUUUGUUUCAGUUAACUAAUUGACAGAUUCCAUUUAGUUUGUUUUUUUGUGAGCCCAACGUGCCGUUUCUCUAUAAAGAAAUCAAAUAAUUCACGAGAGAAGUCAAGAACUAUGUUGGACGCUGGGCUGAAGGGAGUUGUAGUUUUCACUAAGCAAAUAUUCAACCUAGUUCAGUGCAGAAAUGUGGUAAUUAACAACAAUGACCAUUGCACACCUGUUCUUUUCGGAUCAGAGAUGCCUGCUACGUUAGGUUGGAUACACACAGACCGCACGAGAGAGGAAUGUACACAAUGACGAAAGGGGGAUAGACAGUUCGUGAAAGUAUGCCUUAUAUACUUUGAAGAACUAGUCAAAUUAAUUUGUCAGACCGCUCUGCAACAUACUUAGGCAGGCUAGCUUAGCUAAAUAGGAUGACUAAAGUCCGUACCGUAUGGGGGGCACAGAGAUUACGUUGUCUUGCUGAUUGGUACAGCCUGAGCAGAGAUGAGAUGAUGACUUUAAGGAAUGGAAAAAAUGUAUAUAUCAAAUUUUACAGUGAAAUGCGUGCUUACGAACCUUCCCAACAAUGCAGAGUAAAAAUAAAUAAUAUUAAUAACUAACACGAUAAUUAAAUACACAAGAAUGGAGCUAUAUAAAGAGAGUACCAGUUUAAAAACUAAGUAAUAUACAGAACUGAAAUAUUGUGUUAUUUCAUAGCAAUUUCUCUAUUGAUAAUGGAAUCUUUUAAAAGUUUUGGCAAUUGAAUGUUCACUAUUUUUGGCUUUGGAAUUCCCAUAAAAAAAUCUCAACAAUUAUUUUAGUUUCAUAAUGCAUUUAAUGAGUAAAAAAAUUAAAUACUGAACUGACUUCAAAAAGCACUAAUCGCUCUGCGCUAGUGUCUGGUGUUCUUCCUGAGAGCACGGUGCAAUGCUAAUUGUUCUAAUCUCCGCAGUUGCCUCCUGGUUCCUCUCCCCCCUUCUGUCUGGCAUCAUGUCAGGCGUCCUUUUCUACUUUGUACGUAUGUUCAUCUUGCACAAGGUAAGCUGAGUAAAAUCCACUUAUCUAAAUCUAGAUGUCCUUAAAAAUUGUGUGAGGCUUCCUGUUGGAAAUUGUUGUUGGAAAUGUGCCAGACCAAAAAUGAUGUCCCAAACAAGGUCAUCAGAAUAAAGCCAUUCCUUGUUCUUUGGAAAGAAGUGUCGCUCUCCAUGUCAUUCUCCAUGUAAUCUCACGGGCCAUCAUGUCAUAUCAAAUUUACGGACACACCCCCUAUUCUGCCAUCAAAUGUAACCUGACAGUACAAUAGAGAGCGUAGUGUUUCUGACUGUUCUGUUUGUCCCCUUGUAGAAAGACCCAGUGCCCAACGGUCUGAAGGCCCUGCCUGUCUUCUAUGCUGUCACUAUGAUGAUCAACCUGUUCUCCAUCAUCUUCACUGGAGCUCCAAGUGAGUAUCGUUGGCCCACUCUGCCUUCACCAUGCAUGCCUGCCUGCAGCCACAGCCUAAAAUAAACUGCUCCCUCAGCCAGCCAACGGGAUCCCCACACUUUUUCCAAACUGAACAAGACUGUUUACUGUUCUCAGAGAAGGCCUGUUAUUUUAACCUGUUGUGUUUUGGCACUUUUCUUGAGUGUGGUGUGGGUCAUAACGGAAUGAAAUUGCAGAGAGGAGCACUGCACAACAGAGCUGGAAAUGGGUUUUCUCUUUAUUGUUUACGUCAAUGUCUGUCCCUUUCCCACACGGAGGAGGAAAAAUGGAAGUAAAGAGGGAGUUAGCUCUGCCAAUGGCUGUCUUUUGCCUCUGUCAGUAGUGUCAUGUAGAGCACAGCAAAUAUUUAGUCUGCUAUAUUCUUCACUUUUUAGUUUUGAAACUCUAAUUAAAUUAGCAACUUUUGCUCCUUUUUGUUCUCUUCUACCUACAGGACCGAACUGUUCAAGAAGUCAACUGGCCUGGGCCAUUAAAUGAAGUCUAUAGGCUAGAGUAUGCCCUGAUAUGCACUGUGUAUAAAUGUACACUCAGAGAGAGGAGUCUACAUGCACUCAGUCACAUACUGUACUGUUAUGUCAGUCACACCUACAUGUGAGUGUCCUGUACAUGGGGACCUUUUAUUCUGGGGUACCUCACAUGAAGUUCCAUACAGCGAUUGCAUUCCAGGAAUCCUGCUGUUCAACGCAUUCCCACACAACUGAGAAGAGAUCAGGGAGUGAUUUAAUAGUAGAACCAGAUAUUACAUACUGACAUGUAGACCUACUGUAUUCUCUCACACACACACACACUGAGGAGGAAGUGUAUCCUUACACGUACUGGCACACUUUUAGACUCUGGCCACUGCCUGUAACUGGAGCCGGCUUAUUACGAGGCUAAUCCUGAUCUUUAGCCACACUUGGUCAGUCACUUCCUCAAGUUAUACAUUCGGAAAGUAUUCAGACCCCUUCCCUUUUUCCACAUUUUGUUACGUUACAGCCUUAUUCUAAAAUUGAUUAAAUUGUUUUUUUUCCGCUCAUCAAUCUACACACAAUACCCCAUAAUGACAAAGCGAAAACAGGUUUUUAGAAAUGUUUGCUAAUUUAUAAAAACAGAUACCUUAUUUACAUACACUACCGUUAAAAAGUUUGGGGUCGCUUUCCUUGUUUUUGAAAGAAAAGCACACAAAAAAUGUCCAUUAAAAUAACAUCAAAUUGAUCAGAAAUAGUAGACAUUGUUAAUGUUGUAAAUGGCUAUUGUAGUUGGAAACGGCUGAUUUAAAAAAAAUAAAUAAAUAAAUGGAAUGUCUACAUAGGCGUACAGAGGCCCAUUAUCAGCAACUAUCAGUCCUGUGUUCCAGUGGCACGUUGUGUUUGCUAAUCAAAGUUGAUCAUUUAAAAAUACUAAUUGAUCAUUAGAAAACCCUUUUGCAAUUAUGUUAGCACAGCUGAAAACUGUUGUGCUGAUUUGAAGAAGCAAUAAAACUGGCCUUCUUGAGACUAGUUGAGUAUCUGAAGCAUCAGCAAUUCUGGGUUCGAUUACAGGCUCAAAAUGGCCAGAAACAAAUAACUUUCUUCUGAAACUCGUCAGUCUAUUCUUGUUCUGAGAAAUGAAGGCUAUUCCAUGCGAGAAAUUGCCAAGGAACUGAAGAUCUCGUAAAACGCUGUGUACUACUCCCUUCACAGAACAGUGCAAACUGGCUCUAACCAGAGGAGUGGGAGGCCCCAGUGCACAACUGAGCAAGAGGACAAAUACAUUAGUGUCUAGUUUGAGAAACAGAUGCCUCACAGGUCCUCAACUGGCAGCUUCAUUAAAUAGUACCCGCAAAACACAGUGAAGAGGCGACUCCGAGAGGCUGACCUUCUAGGCAGAGUUGCAAAGAAAAAGCCAUAUCUCAGACUGGCCAAUAAAAAUAAAAGAUUAAGAUGGGAAAAAGAACACAGGACAGAGGAAGAUUGGAAAAAAGUGUUAUGGACAUCACAAAGAAUAACAUUUGUGAGAUGCAGACCAAAUGAAAAGAUUGCUUGAUGCCAUCUGUCAAGCAUGGUGGAGGCAAUGUGAUGGUCUGGGGGUGCAUUGGUGGUGGUAAAGUGGGAGAUUUGUACAGGGUAAAAGAGAGCCUUCCUUCUUCAAGAUAUCACUCCAUUUUGCAACGCCAUGCCAUACCCAGUGGACGGCGCUUGAUUGGAGCCAAUUUCCUCCUACAACAGGACAAUGACCCAAAGCACAGCUCCAAACUAUGCAAUAACUAUUUAGGGAAGAAGCAGUCAGCUGGUAUUCUGUCUAUAAUGGAGUGGCCAGCACAGUCACCGGAUCUCAACCCUAUUGAGCUGUUCUGGGAGCAGCUUGACUGUAUGGUACGUAAGAAGUGCCCUUCAAGCCAAUCCAACUUGUGGGAGGUGCUUCAGGAAGUGAAAUCUCUUCAGAUUACCUCAACAAAUUGACAACUAGAAUGCCAAAGGUCUGCAAGGCUGUAAUUGCUGCAAAUGGAGGAUUCUUUGACGAAAGCAAAGUUUGAAGGACACAAUUAUUAUUUCAAUUAAAAAUCAUUAUUUCUAACCUUGUCAAUGACUACAUUUCCUAUGCAGUUUGCUAUAUUUCCUAUUCAAACUCAUUUCAUGUAUGUUUUCAUGGAAAACAAGGACAUUUCUAAGUGACCCCAAACUUUUGAACAGUAGUGUAAGUAUUCAGACCCUUUGCUCUGAGACUUGAAAUUGAGGUCAGGUUAAUCCUGUUUCUAUUGCUUAUCCUUGAGAUGUUUCAACAACUUGAUUGGAGUCCACCUGUGGUAAAAUCAAUUGAUUGGACAUGAUUUGGAAAGGCACACACCUGUCUAUAUAAGGUCCCCCCACAGUUGACAGUGCAUGUCAGAGCAAAAACCAAGCCAUGAGGUCGAAGGAAUUGUCCGUAGAGCUCCGAGACAGGGUUGUGUCGAGGCACAGAUCUGGGGAAGGGUACCAGACAAUGUCUGCAGCAUUGAAGGUCCUCAAGAAUACAGUGGCCUCCAUCAUUCUUAAAUGGGAGAAGUUUGGAACCACCAAGACUCUUCCUAGAGCUGGCCGCCAAACUGAGCAAUCGGGGGAGAAGGGCCUUGGUCAGGGAGGUGACCAAAAACCCAAUGGUCACUCUGACAGAGCUCCAGAGUUCCUCUGUGGCGAUGGGAGAACCUUCCAGAAGGACAACCAUCUCUGCAGCACUCCACCAAUUAGGACUUUAUGGUAGAGUGGCCAGAUGGAAGGUGCUCCUCAGUAAAAGGCACAUGACAGCCCGCUUGGCGUUUGCCAAAAUGCACCUGAAGGACUCAGACCAUGAGAAACAAGAUUUUCUGGUCAGAUGAAACCAAGAUUGAACUCUUUGGCCUGAAUGCCAAGUGUCACGUCUGUAGGAAACCUGGCACCAUCCCUACGGUGAAGCGUGGUGGCAGCAUCAUGCUGUGGGGAUGUUUUUCGGCGGCAGGGACUGGGAGACUAGUUAGGAUCGAGGGAAAGAUGAAUGGAUCAAAGUACAGAGAGCUCCUUGAUGACAAUCUGCUCCAGAGCGCUCAGGACCUCAGACUGGGGGCGAAGGUUCACCUUCCAACAGGACAACGACCCUAAGCACACAGCCAAGACAACGCAGGAGUGGCUUCGGGACAAGUCUCUGAAUAUCCUUGAGUGGCCCAUCCAGAGCCCGGACUUGAACCCCAUCGAACAUCUCUGGAGAGACCUAAAAAUAGCUGUGCAGCAACUCUCCCCAUCCAACGUGACAGCUUGACAGGAUCUGCAGAGAAGAAUGGGAGAAACUCCCCAAAUAUAGGUGUGCCAAGCUUGUAGCGUCAUACCCAAGAAGUCUCGAGGCUGUAAUCGCUGCCAAAGGUGCUUCAACAAAUUACUGAUUAAAGGGUCUGAAUACUUAUGUAAAUGUGAUAUUUCAGUUUUCUAUUUUUAUUUUAGCAAACAUUUCUAAGCCUGUUUUUGCUUUGUCAUUAUGGGGUGUUGUGUGUAGAUUGAGGAGAAUAGAAACAAAACAAUUUAAUCAAUUUUAGAAUAAGGCUGUAACGUAACAAAAUGUGGAUAAAGUCAAGGGGUCUGAAUAUUUUCCGAAUGCACUGUAAGUGGCUGAAUUAAGAAUUCAAAACGAGACAUGAGUCCAUGGUUAGUUUCUUCCUCCAUUUUCCUUUUCUGGCACAGUUCAUUCAGGUGCAAUGUAUCUAAGUGGGUUAUACUAUUUCAGAACACAUUUCAGCUGUGUGCUCUCAUGAGGAAGUAUUUUGUCCUUGGAGGAACCACAGUAAUCACAGGAUAAGUAAUGGAUAGCACCAAAAAUAUUUCGUUUUUUUUCUGCAUUUGGUCCCCGAGUUGUAAAACGGUAGUGUAGUGGUGACUGAUCUGCAAGUCUAAUACAGCCCUUAUUAAAUUCAAUGGGUGAAGAGGGGGGCGGAGUCAAGACCGAGAACUGUACAUUUGGUCUCCUGUUUUAGAACUCCAUGUUCCUCUGGUUUUACUUUAACAUGGUGGUGUGAAAGCACAAAAACAAUUUAACAUGCCAGUCCUAUACACAAUAAAGCCAACCCUAGUGCCAGAGACCCCAGUUGGAACUAGUGAAAAAUGAAUGUAACUCGGGCCAUAGGUCGAGUGGAUCAUUACCAGAAGAGACUUUAAAGUUCCACACCUUGUUAAUCACCCUGACUCCUCAUUUUAGCACAUCUCUAGUUAGUCAUUCUGAAGCUGUGUUUCCCAACUGGCAAUUCGUCCCGCAGGCUUUUUAUUAUUUAUAUUUUUUCAAGUUUUAUGUGCAAAAAUAAUUGUGUGUAUAUUACACACACACACAUUUGUACGUGUAUAUUGUUGUACAUAAGACAGUAAAAACCCCAGCACAUCAGCUAUAAGUUACUUUAAUUUUGGCAAUCUGUUCCAAAGUAUUCCCACGCGUAAUAGCGAUUUGUAUGUGAUCGUAUACAAAUCUAAGCAAGGUUUGAAAUUGUUUUAGGAAAAUUAUCUGUUUUGGCUUCUUGCGGUCAAUUUGUAGUCUACUAAUUAUACCACGGCUGAAUCUAGUUGAUGAUCCCUGUAGAAGGGGCCAUAGAUUGAAAAGCUUUGCAGACAGAGGAAAGGGCUAUGUCACCAAUGUAUAAGACCAUGUCAACAUUUUGACUACAUUUGAUUUGUGUAACCAACCAAGCAAAUACAUGUCCCCUCUAGUUACAUAACCAGCCUGUCCUUCACUACCAACUGUGCACUUUCAAACAACAUCCAUAAAAAAGAAGAGGGAUACAGUGGACACCCCCCUUGUCCCUGCAUUUCAGGAUGCGUUAGCUGGAAUGCUAAUUUUCUGCUUCGGUUCCCCUUUGAAAAACAAACGGCGGGUGGCUUGGUUGCUUAGGGGACACUAAACAAUCAGGAAAAUAGAAACACAGAUGACAGUGUAGCAGCAAAGGGGUUUAUUAAACUGCGCUGUGACUCAGAAUACACAUGGUAUAUGGCACUUCAAAUUACUAAUUAUAAACUGGGUGGUUCGAGCCCUGAAUGCUGAUUGGCUGAAAGCCGUGCUAUAUCAGACCGUAUACCAGGGGUAUGACAACAUUAAUUUUUUACUCUUCUAAUUACGUUGGUAACCAGUUUUAUAAUAGCAAUAAGGCACCUCAGGGGUUUGUGGUAUAUGACCAAUAUACCACGGCUAAGGGCUGAUGUUACGCACAACGCAACACGGAGUGCCUGGAUACAGCCCUUAGCCGUGGGCCUUAUUGCUUAAUUAGAACCUGAUAGACCCUAAUAGGUAAGCAACAGUAAGUUAGUGCCGCUGAAAUAGUUUGAGUAGCCUCCUUUUAUCUUCGUACAGUUAGGAAAAGCUGAGCGUUAAACUUUGAACAAAAGUAAUUUAGUUAACUUUUUUUUUAGUCUGUCAACAUUCUGUUUAUACUACUAGUUGGUAGGAGGACAAUGAAGAGGAUAAUUGGCCAAAGCCACCAUCCCAAAUAUAUAAGGAGUCAUAAAUGGUUAUUUAACUGUACUGCCAUGAGGGAUGGGGCUGAACCGCUGUUGGAAAACAACAACAAACCAUGUUAUUGUGUAAAGUAGUCCACGGGAUGCAGAGGUUACAAGGGAGGGGUUUGGAACGCAGCUGUGGUUAAAUUCCACUUCCUGAGCCCUCUCUCAUUCAUCCCACUGUGUAGCUGUGGUGUAUACACCCCUUUGUGUGGCUCUGUUUAAAACGACUGGGCCGUUGCUAUUUUUUAUUUUUAUUGUCUCUGUAGAGAUGUGAUCCACUAUAGGCCAUCAACAUGGAAAUGUGCCUCGGCACAUACUGAAUAAUACAGACCCCAUUCUCUCCUCUUUCGGGGUCAUUUAUUUUUGCCCACUCUUAAUUUGGCACCAGCCCCCCCCAAACAAAUGUCUAUCGGCCGCACCUGUUUUGGGCUGUCCCACAGCCACAGUCAUUCGAGACUAGUCUAAUGGAAGAAGCCUCAGCUGUUUUUGAAAUAAAAAAAUUUAUACCGCCCCCUUCCCAUUUCCUCUCCCUUCCUGGAGGGGGGUGAGUUUGUGUUGCGUAACUAAAUACACAUUGCUGAUGUGCCACGGCCUGUAGUCUCCUGCCGCAGAAUGUGAGUAGACUACCCAGGAGAGAGCAUGGUGCACUCUGCCCUUUAACCAAUACUGACUCACUGUUAUCUCUGGGCCCUGGCCUUCAUUUCCUUUGUUUGUUGUUCACAUCCCAGUCUAGAUUAUUCAUUUAUUUUUAUUAUGCGUGAUCAUGGUCAACUUGAAUUUUCGCGCAGCACUUGUUUUUUUACUCUGACCAUGUUGCUGACUCUCCAACGUCGCUGGCUGCUGUUUUCCCAGGGGGAUCUGUAAUGGUCCGUCUCCCUGCCAACAGCAUGCCCAAAACUGCGUUGACAACCCCACACAGACCCUCUGCAGUCUUGGCACCAGAUGUCCUUUAUGCUCCAGUGGACACUGUUAAAGUAAAUGUGAAGGCCCCCUUGUUUAGUUCUUUUUUUAUUCUCCCCAAGUCCUCUCAUAUAGCCAUUUUAAGGCACUCACUGUCCAUGUGCAGUUGGAGGCAGGGGUACAUUUGGGUCACUGCGACAUCCCUUGUUAUUCACAUGCUCUCCUCCAUGCGGCAUUGCGUAACUGCUCUAUGGGCACGCACACAUACCAUAUUUGACUGGGAUAUUUGCCACUUGCUGUGGCUCAUCCUUGUAGCUAUUGGUGGUGUAUGUGUUUGAGGUAAUACGAAAUAUGACUAUGUGCAAUUAAUGGAGAACUUGUAGCUUCCAAUUGAUCAUUGUAGCAUUUUACCCUCUUCAUUUAAAUGUAUUUCUCUGUACUCAAAGUGUGUUUGUUUUAUCCUAUAGAAAAUUAUAUUGUUUACUAUGUUAUGGUUGAUAUUGUAUAAUUUAGAAAUAUUUUGUAAUGUAAAUAUAAGAACAGGCUUUUGUAAUUCUACCACUUAUAGGUGAGGGUCCAGAUAGACAAUUUAGUCACAAUGCCAACUGUUUUCUACAUCUUUAGAAAGGUAGCGCCUGCUGCCUUGUUUUUCAAAACCAUCUAUCCUCUCUCCAUUUCCACCUCUGUAUGUCACUCCUUGGUUACUCCAGUGCUUGGAUUUGACAAGAUCCCAUGGUGGGGCACACUGCUCAUCUCUUUGGCCUGUGGUGUGCUGACCGCCCUGUUGGUCUGGUUCAUCGUCUGCCCACGCCUCAAGAAGAAGAUUGAACGUAAGUCUCAAUUUAGUUUUUCGUUCAGUUUUGGCACCCCUGUUACUAAGUUGAUAAUUGAUGUGCUUAUUUGAUAGAGAAUUUCAUUCCAUGGUCUUACCUGGAAAAUACGUUUUAAGUGUGGUUAGAUUGAUGCAUUACAUUAGGCGCUGAACAAGUGUCAGGGAUUAAAGGGACAUUUUUACUUCAUAUUCAUCAUCUCCAGCAUCACCCCAACAUUAACAUGUUUUGUAGUAAAAAAGAUGGCAGAAUAUACGUGUGAUGUGAUUUUUAACCAAUUAUGGGUCGGCAUUGCCUACUAAUUGUCUAAUUGAUUGAUGUCAUUGGAAACGCUUAUCUUCCUCUAUCCUUUUUAUACAAAACAUAGAAAUGUGCCAUUUUCACGUAUGUUAUUUUACACAUUAAUUCUGUGUGGUGACAAGUUCUGAAGUCGGACUGUUUUAUACUAAUCAGCUUUGAAUUGACAAUGAGCUUAAAAUGCAGGCUGAUAAUUGUGCUGGUCAAAAGUAGACCCAUCUAUUAAUAGUCAAAGUCAAUCGCAUCACAUGAUGUUCUGAAAUCCAGGAUUUAAAAGUUAAAGACCCUUUCUUAAAUAGCCUCCCUUUUAUUUUAACUUCACUAUAAAGGGCCAAUGGUGCAGCUUGUGAAAGGUGAAACGCAUGGGAUGCUGAGGUCCAUCUGGAUGUCCGUGAAUGAACUGUCUGGGACGGUCCUAGUCCAGAAGACAGAGGCAGCCUAAUUGGAUCAUAGCGAUCCACUAAUGGGCCUUUACAUCCUUGACUAGAAUAGCCAUGGGUAGAGUUAAGGCAUUGACGCGAAGUUAGCAGUGCAUCACUGUGCGUGUGACUCGACUGACGUGGCUGUAGUCAAAUAAACAGCUAGCGCCUCUGGGAAAAUGUAGAUGAUGCAAUCGGGUCAACUGGCUAGGUAGCAGACCAAACUGAUCAGACGACCACACGGUGGCCAUAUGUUUGCAUUGAGUAUCUAAUUUGGUCUGAAACCACAAAGUCAUGCAGGAUACAUUCAUUUUCAUACCUUAUCUACAUAGGCCUACAUGUAAAGGUUUUAGUCGAUAGCACAAUGUAAAUAUGCAAAAAAAAGUAAGUCAUUAUCUGAUUUUAUUGGUCAUAUACACAUUUAGCAGACAUUAUUGCGCGAAAUUAAUCAUUUUACCUGCGCUUAUGAACACUGUCUCCCUCAAUUUUAACGAGUUUACCCAUGUAGUAAUUAGGGCAGCUGCUUUUCUUUAGUUUUUCUGAUCUGGUUAUGCAAUUCCUAUGUGAACCUUAAAUGCUGAGGUGUAUAAGAACCAUAUGUGCCGUCUAGGGAUGUAACGAUCCACAGAUGCGUAUUGGUCCCCGAUUCAAACCUUUAAGAAACGACUGCAUCAGUCCGUGGAACCCAAACCCAUCCAAAUGUAGCAUGCAUCAGUCAGAAAAUCGCAGAUUCACAUUUUUGUAUUACUUUUGUUCUAUCAUCCGAAAAUACCUAAUAUUUUGUGACAACUGAUGCAUCCUCUCCUUCAGUGACGAGCUAAGCAUGUAACUGUUGACAGUCAUUGAUCUACAAGUCAUUUUGCUUGCCGAACAACCCUAGGGAAUAUCAGUAGCCUAGUCAAACCGCGCAAUGUGCCCAGGUUUGCGCGAUGACCAAUGCGAGGUAGGCAGCCUGUUCCUGAUCUUCCACAUCUGCAUGGCACCUUGAGCAUUCAAAUGCUAAAAUGGCUUGCGUGAUAUUGGGCUUUAUUAGUUGUGGCAAUUUGUAAUUUACUAGGUUAUUGUUAUCUAUGCGCUGAAUUGUGUUUUACUGGAAUAAAAGUAAGCUACCGGAGACACAACUCUCAUCUGGCUAUAUCUGCUGAACAGGGCUUGCAAUAGAUCUUAUUUAGAUUGUUCAGGUUCACCAUCGGGGGUGUAUUAACUGUAUUAAUUGGUUAUGUCAUAGAAACAAUAAAUAUUGAUACAUUACUAGCUAAAACACUUAAUUGGCAAAAAUUACAAGUUAAUUAGUGGGUGACGGUGAUUUCAGUGGGAGGACAACAAACAGGCUACAUUGCCCCCCCUCCUCCCCCUAAUCUGACAGUGGUAGAUGCCUAGUCUCCCUUAUGGAUCAGAUCAGGUGCAUACAUAGUAUACACCCCUCAAACUCAACUCUGGACCUCGAAGCCAGUUCCACUGCUUGUUUUCAUUGUUCCCCUCUAAUCAAGGACUGAUUUUAGACCUGGCACACCAGGUGGGUGCAAUUAAUUAUCAGGUAGAACAGAGAACCAGCAGGCUCUGGACCUUGUAGGGUAAGCGUUGAAUACCCCUGGUAUACACCAUAGACCUACAUCACACACAAAAGUCAGCUCCGACAGAUCCAGCUCAGAGGCCCAGCUCAUGAGGUCCAUCAGCAGCAGAUUUAAAUUUAGAGUGGAAAAUUCAUGUUUAUGCAACAAAUGUUAUCGCAUCGAUUAGUUCUCGAAUCACAACGACUCGUUUCAAAUUAAAACGUACCCUUCCUGUAUCGGAGCUUCUUGAAAGGGAAAGAUGCACAUCCCUAGUGCCAUCUCAUGUUCCCUUACUGUACCGUAUUCGUGUUUGGACUUGGCUCAGGCAGUCUAAUUCCACCCUCUUCCCCUCCAGGAAAAAUCAAGUCUUCAAGCCCCUCUGAGAGCCCCCUGAUGGAUAAGAGGGAACUGAGGGAGGAGCCUGUGCCCUCUACCAUCCUGAAGCCUGUCCCUGAGGAGCCCCCUUCACCCCCUUCCCCUGCUGACCCAGACACCCCCUCCCCUGCCUUCCCCGCUGACCCAGACACUCCCUCCCAGGUUCCCCAAGAGGAGCGCAGGGUAACUUUUGACAUUGGUGAUUCUGAAGAUGGCGACAACAAGGAAGGCAAGGAGUCUGAGAAUGGCAACGCCAAUGGUAAGUGUGAGUCAUGGGGAGGUUAUGGCUGCCUUGGUAAAGUGGUUGGGAAAAGUGAGAAAAUGGGCUAAAAAUAUUUGGUAAAUAAGUCGUUCAUUCUCCUCCAUGAGUAACUGACUACAGAGCUUGCUUGCGCUGUUCCUGACUUUUAAAUAUAUUUGUAUUCAGUCCAAAAAGUGCAGUUCAGCAAUGAUGUGCAAUUCAGCAACGGCCCAGCCCACGUCCCCAGCAACGGUUACAGCCAGUAUCAUACGGUGCACAAGGACUCUGGCCUCUACAAGGACCUGCUGCACAAGCUCCACCUUGCCAAGGUAGGCGACUGCAUGGGCGAGGCAGGCGACAGACCGAUCCGCCGCAACAACAGCUACACCUCUUACACCAUGGCCAUCAUCGGCAUGCACGGGGACUUCCGGCCCAAAGAGGGCGAGUUCCACGCCAGCGAGGACAAGGGUACAGAGGAGAAGAAGAAGCGUGUGCGCAUGGACAGCUACACCAGCUACUGCAACGCUGUGGCUGAGCACGGGGCUCCCGAGGGCCUGGGGGAGGCAGAGGUGACUCUGGAGAUGGGAGAGGAGGACGCUGGCAGCAGCCGCAGCUCUCUGGAGGAGGAUGGACAGGACUGUGACCGCCCCGAGGUCUCUGAGCUCUUCAGGUUUCUCCAGAUCCUCACCGCCUGCUUUGGCUCCUUCGCCCAUGGAGGCAACGACGUCAGGUAGGGAGAUGUUCCAUCUUGGAUGAAUAGUCAUUUUACUGCCUUUUAAACAAAUAUUUAUUGACUAGCAAUAGGGUUGCUGCCUCUGUAUGUUCAUGUAGAGGGACCUUUUGUACCUGAUUAGUAUGUUAGUAACCUAGCCUCUUUUCUCCUGCAGCAAUGCCAUUGGUCCCUUGGUAGCUCUGUGGCUGGUUUACAAUAGUGGUUCGGUGAACUCCAGUGCCCCCACACCCAUCUGGCUGCUGUUGUACGGAGGAGUUGGCAUCUGCCUCGGGCUCUGGGUGUGGGGUCGCAGGGUUAUCCAGACCAUGGGCAAGGACCUCACCCCCAUCACGCCCUCCAGGUAUGUACCAGACAUCACAGAACGGACCAAAUCAAACAUUCAAAUGGCACCCUUACAAUAUAACAUUCCCCACAGACAUGAGACUUCACAAAAACACCCCCAGGCUUCACACUGUCCAUGAAAUUGGACACAUACACAGGCAGAACCAACCGGUGACUCAGGCCUGGUUUUCUUUCCCUUCGCAGUGGUUUCAGCAUUGAACUUGCCUCAGCCCUGACCGUUGUGGUUGCCUCCAACAUUGGCUUGCCUGUCUCCACCACCCACUGCAAGGUAAGCUGUUCAGACUCAGACACUGUGGUCUGAUGCUGAGACAUGAAGGGGAGUAUGCCUUAGUAAUGUGGAAGGCAGGGAGCAGUAAACAGGAUGUCUGAAUUUGGCGGUCAAAACUGCUUCUAAUUUCCAAUAUAAAAAACUGAAUCCAGUCUGCUACUGUCAGGGGGAGUGUUGGCCAUUUCUUCUUAAUGGUUCAUGGAUUCUAAGUAGUUAACAAAGGUCGGUGUGUUAAUCAUGUGUGUGUUGCCAGGUGGGCUCUGUGGUAGCGGUUGGCUGGCUGCGCUCCAGGAAGGGUGUGGACUGGCGUCUGUUCCGCAACAUCUUUCUGGCCUGGUUUGUGACUGUGCCCAUCUCUGGCCUGAUCAGCGCUGCCAUCAUGGCCCUCUUCACCUAUGUCAUCCUGUGAGCCCAGGGCUGCCUGCACCCCACAACAGGGGAGGAGAGAACACACGCCCACUCGCACCAGGGGAGAGAGAGCGUUAAGAGAAGGUGUUGGAAGGCGGAUAUAGCCCGCUAACCCCUUGCCAACACACCCGAAGGAAAGAAAUACAUUUUUAAAAAAUGUGUUAAAGGAAAAAAAGGACGUUGUGAUAUGGGCAUGUGGUUCUUGGCUGCAUCAUUUCCAACCUUAAGUGAUGGUUGUGUUCGUUUAUGCUCCAGAUCACUUCCAAUGGGAACAUUUUGUUUUCUUUGUCAUUGUUUUUUUUUCUGACUUGGCAGAAAUUAUUUUUCAAUGCUCAUGAUCUUGUAAAAAUAGCUAAUCAAAUCAUCAACUAAAUGUUUUUUUUUAUUAUACUCCACUACUUUUUUUUAACCGUGUAAUUAUGUACAUAUGCCAUAUUCCUGUUUAUAAUCUUAUUUUACAAGUUUGGAUGACAAAACAACAAUUACAAUGCAGUAUUAGCCUUUAGUGAAGGAUCUAUUUCUCCUGUCAUACAGUGGGGGAAAAAAGUAUUUAGUCAGCCACCAAUUGUGCAAGUUCUCCCACUU